GCAGUGUUUUGUUUAUAAGCCGCUCGUUUCAAGGAGGUGUUACUCGUCGUUUCAUUGAUUCAGUGGGGGUGUGAAUAGUCAGAGGUUCAGAUGUUGACUCUGUCCAGGUGUUCAACAGCUCUGAGAUGGAGACUGUCCCUGCCCUGUCCUGCCCUGUGUUUCAGGAGCAGCAGCCCCCGUUCUGUAAGACCCCAGGCUGCUCUGUUUCAUCAAAGUAAUGCCAAAGCCAGUCCUGUUCCAAACAAGCCCCCCACAGCAUUGUCUUCUGCAUCCGGACUAGACGUGGAUCUUUUCGGGAUGGGGAUGUGGUCCCUGGGUCUGGGUGCUGUCGGAGCAGCGUUAGCCGGGAUCUUCCUGGCAAACACUGAUCUAUGUCUGUCGAAAGCUGCCAAGGCAUCGCUGGAAUACCUCGCAGAUGCUGAUCUACGAUCGACCGUAGAUGAUGAGAAGGUUAUCAAAGCACAGAGCCUGUGGGAGAAAAAUGGGGCAGUGGUCAUGGCAGUACGACGACCUGGAUGAUUUUUGUGCAGAGAGGAGGCCUCUGAGCUGUCCUCUCUGAAGCCCCAGCUGGAAGAGCUCGGGGUCCCUCUGGUCGCUGUGGUGAAAGAAAACAUCGGCACAGAGAUCCAGGACUUCAGACCGCACUUCGCUGGGGACAUCUAUGUAGAUGAAAAGAAAUACUUCUACGGGCCGCUGCAGAGGAAGAUGGGAGGUUUGGGCUUCAUCCGUCUCGGCGUGUGGCAGAACUUCAUGCGGGCCUGGAGGUCAGGUUACCAGGGCAACAUGAACGGCGAGGGCUUCAUUCUGGGCGGGGUGUUUGUCUUUGGUGCCGGAGAUCAGGGGAUCUUACUUGAACACCGUGAGAAGGAGUUUGGCCAUAAAGUGGACACUGCAGACGUUCUGGAGGCUGUUCAGAAAAUUGUGCCAGUAAAAUAAUUCUUUAGUGAGUUAGAAAAAAUUGUAAGGCUUGAUAGAUUCUGUAUCAUCACGAAUGGGUUAAUCUAGACAUUUUUAACGUAAUCCUGUUAAUCCGUCACUGAACUACUGAACUUUUGUGUGUUUGCCUUGUCUAAUAUCACAUUAUACCUCCUGUGGUUUGCACAGAAAUUAACUGCUGAUUGUGAAAAUCAAGUUGUGAAAUGCAGAACAAAGGAUAUACUAGGGCAGCAUUUCUCACUGAUUAUUCCUUUUAUCUCUGCAGACGGGUAUUGAAACCUGUAGGGAUUGAAAGGCACAUGUUCAUUCAGGUACAGCCUUGUAAACCAGUAAGGGUCUCCUUUUAGCAAGCCAGUAAUUCAAGCUGAAAAUAACCAUUAGUGGUACUGUUGUGUUUUUGUGUGUGUGUGUAUGUGUUCAUGUUCAGGCUUCCUCCAGCUUUGGCAGCAGAGGUGUGUGUCUGUGUGUUAACAAUGACAACCUGGCUCUAAACUCGUCUCAGAGAGGAGCAGGUUCGAUGCCAAAAAACAUUCACAGGUGCAGCUUUUGUUGCCAUGAGACGUGUUGGUAAUGUCUGAAGUGUGUGUGUGAGAGAGAGAGAUUGGGCCUCGUGCAGCAACAUUUUCGGAAAGUUUGUCAAAUUUUCUGUUAAGUGGAAAAAAUUUGAGAAGUCGACUCCAGAUGUAGCAAAUGUUCGAUGAUGACAUUUUCCAAACGCAGGAACAAAAAUAAAAAAUAGUGCAGAUGUGAAACUCUUUUAGUUUGACGUUGAUAGACCAGAGAUAAGAUGGUUUUGAUCUGAUGGCACAAAAAUAUUAAAUUCUGCCUUUAUGUUCACUUUUAACCUCAGCCCUCACCACAGGGUAUUGUCAUCCGUCCAUCCAUCUGUGCAAAAACUUUGGCGUGGACUGAAGGCCAAGGGUUUUCAAGUGCAGACACGUUGGAUUUGAUGAUUUUUGUGUAUUUUUUGGGCCCAACAUGUUAAUAAAGCAGGUUAAAUUGGAAAAGUAGUUAUCAGAUCAUAUAAAAGUUGAGCUGGAAAAAAAAGAUCCCAAACAUAGGUAUGAUAAAUAUUUUAUUUUUUAUGUAUGAAGACAGAAGUUUUUUUU